UUGUCAAGCAAUAGAUACAUGCAUCCUGACUCGUGAUUUAAUGGUUGCGGGGUGCAUGUGGCUGAAAGCUUAGUUCGGACUUUUUGGAGCGAGUGGACUGAGAGUGAAUCGCUACGUGGCCGCAGCAUUGCACGUAGCCGGCAGCAAUGGGGCAAUAAACGGCUCGAACACAUUGGAUUGUUUAGGAUGCUGUUGAACCAGUGGAGUGCUGGUCUGCUGCUGGCGACCUUCGCAGCAGCGCAAGAUACAUCGGUCUUCACUCAAGCCAGCAACGAUUCUCUGCUAUGGGGCCCCUACAAGCCCAAUCUGUAUUUCGGAGUUCGCCCUCGACUUCCAAAAUCGUUAGCGACUGGCCUGCUAUGGUCGCGAGUUGAGGACUUUAGCAGUGUCCAGCACAAUGUCCGACAUACGUGCGAGCAACAUGAAGGCAUGGCCGGAUAUGGCUGGGAUGCGUACAACCCUCGAACCGGCGGCGUGCAGACGGUGCGUGACAGAGGCAAUGGGAUCGACAUUGAGACCAGCUUUGUCAAGUUCGACGAUGGUAAAGGUGGCUGGGGCGCGAGGAUCAAGGGUGCGCCAAGGGAAGACGCUGAGCCAUUGUCUGGCAGCCAGGGAGGACCGCAGACGCUGAAGACGGCAGUUUGGUUUACCAUCAGUAUGGAGGGACUUGGCCUGGUGGAGCCUGAGGGGACCGAAGAGGCUGAGGAGCUUGGAUACGAGGGCGAUGUCGUCUUUAGCGGUCAAUCGACCGAUUUGGGCGAGUUCAAGCUGACCGUCACUGAGCCCACGACUAACUCGCAUCCUCUGUCUAACCACCCAUCGUAUCCAAGCAAGCCGCUCGACCACACAUUUGUGCAGUCCAUGCAAGUCCCAGACGAUGCAUUGUGGCAAGGAAAAGCCAUAAUUUUCAGUUCCAUGAAGACAACCAUCGAUGGCUACGUCGAGGAGUAUACGCAAGAUGACAUGCCACCACCGUGGCAGACCUAUACGAUUCCAAACCGACCUGGAGCCGGCAAUAUGCACGUAGUGCAGAAAGUCUUCGAGGGUGCUUUUGAGUUCGACGUAACUUACCAGCCAUCUACUGCGGAGACUUUGAUGACUUCCUCUGACCUCACCAAAGCCAUCACAAGUGUUGUUGGUGCGUUCGACAAGAAAUACCGUUCUGUGCUUGCGCCGAAAAGUCCGUACACAUCCUCCGACUACCUACGCUUCAGCAAAAGUUUGUUCUCUAAUCUUAUUGGUGGCAUCGGCUAUUUCUAUGGUGAUCAACUGAUCGACCGCUCGUACGAUCCGGCAUACGAAGAGGAGAACGAAGGCUUCUAUCAUGACACUGCUGAAGCCCGUGGCUUGAACCGCCAGGCGCUUGAGGGCCCGUAUGAACUGUUCACCUCGAUUCCUUCCCGUCCUUUCUUCCCGAGAGGCUUCCUAUGGGAUGAAGGGUUCCACCUCCUACCAAUCAUAGACUGGGAUCCGGAACUGGUUAUGCAGGUCGUGUCGAGUUGGUUUGGUACAAUGGACGAAGAUGGCUGGAUAGCGCGAGAGCAGAUCCUGGGCGCCGAAGCGCGCAGCAAAGUACCGGUCGAUUUUCAGGUGCAGUAUCCGCACUACGCAAAUCCUCCUACGCUCUUCAUGGUGCUUGAAGCCUUGCUUGACAAGUUUGCCACUUCAAGCGAUGCCUCCGGGUCCACUCAGCAAGUUUUGGCCGACGGCGAUAAGAUACUCAAAGCAUGGCUGAAGGAGAUGUACCCGCUCUUGCAGCGGCACUUUCAAUGGUACCGUCGCACGCAAUGGGGCGACCUCAAGUCAUAUGAUCGUCCUGCUUUUAGUUCAAAGGAGGCGUACCGCUGGCGCGGCCGCUCCGUGCAGCACGUCCUUACCUCUGGCCUCGAUGACUACCCACGCCCGCAGCCUCCGCAUCCUGGUGAACUACACACUGACCUCAUGAGCUGGAUGGGCCUAAUGGCGCACUCGCUCCAGCGUGUCGCGGCCUACAUCUCCGAAACUGAAGACGCAGCGAAGUACGCCAAGAUUCAUGAGGCCAUCAGUAAGAAUGUAGAUGACCUGCACUGGUCUGAGAACGAGAAGACGUACUGCGAUGCGACGAUUGACGAAUAUGAGGAGAAUGUGCUUGUGUGCCACAAGGGCUACAUUUCCAUCUUCCCAUUCAUGACCGGUCUCGUCGGACCAGAGAGUAAGCACUUGCGCGAUGUUCUGGACCUCAUCGCCGACAGAGAGGAGCUUUGGAGUGAGCACGGCAUCCGCAGUCUGAGCCGCAAGGACGAGCAUUACGGUACGGAGGAAAAUUACUGGCGCAGUCCGGUUUGGAUGAAUAUGAACUAUCUCAUCGUCUCGCAGCUUUACAUUACCGCUACGCACGCUGGGCCCCACCAGGGGCAAGCGUCACGGAUGUACACUCAACUCCGGAAGAACCUUAUUGAGACCGUCUACAACUCAUGGCGUGACACUGGCUUCGCUUGGGAGCAGUACAACCCGGAGACAGGAGCUGGGCAGCGGACGCAGCAUUUCACGGGGUGGACGAGUCUGGUGGUGAAGAUUAUGGCAAUGCCGGAGAAGGCAGAGGUGGAAACUGAAAGUGCGGAUGCGGAGAAGGUGCAGAGCAAAGAGCGAGAUGAGCUGUAGAGUAAGUGCUCGGGCAGUGUACAUCGGAAAUGCCCAAAGAAUAGAGUAUAAAGAGGACACAGCUUUGCGAUCAGAAAGGUGACGAGGCGAACCCGGAAAGCGGUCAAUGUCUCUUUCCAGGCGGGCCUUGAGACCGUGGCAAGACAUGUGCAAAAUCAUUCCCAAGCUCUCUCUAAAUUGACAAGCUAUCACGGACCCAUGGAGUCCUUAGGACCCCCAUAAUUCUGAGUGUUGAGCUAC